UUUUAAAUUGUUUUUAUUUCACUCUUUGGUUUUUCAUUAAAAGAUACAAAGCUGAGACUAAGCAUUGAUUAUUUAAUUCAUAAUAAAAUCACGUGUUCACGACUAUGAUGUCACGUGAUAUCAAUGGGAAAAUGCCGGUUGAGAUUUGGGUCAACGUUGUGCGCAGAUCGUCUAAAGAGAAAACUGAAUUUCUAUGAAUAUUCGACCUUUUACACAGGAUUUACUACUGUGAUUUACAAUCUAACCAACUAAGGUUUUGAUGAAUAUGGCGCAACGACAACCAAAAGUCCAACAAGUCAACAUACGUAAGCCGCGGUCUCCCCCCGAGGGCCAGUUUUGUUCGUACAGCCACCGUACUUGUACACACAACAAAAUUCCAGGCUACGAAUUCUGCUCAAGGCAUAUCUUGGAGGAUAAAAAUGCACCAUUUAAGCAGUGUGAAUUUAAUUCUUCUAAGUCAGGAAAAAAAUGUAUAAAUGCAGCAACAAAGUCUGACAAGAAAGGGAGCCACAGAUACUGCUCAGAUCAUGCUAGAAAAGCAAUAAUACUGCGACAAAAAGCUCAUCUGAAACGCAAACCGACAGAAACUGCUGACAACUUACUGGAGGACCUAGAUCAUUUCAAGCUGGUGGCUGGACCUGAUGGAGUUCUAGAGCACCAGAGACAGCAAGCAGUGGGUGACAAUGUAGCUAGCAGAGCCCUGGACUAUGCGAGUUCCAGUGACUCUGAUCUGGAGUCUCCGUUGGUGGACCAGGCCUGGAGAGGGGAUGGGGACAGUGAUGCUGAGAGUAUAGACAGCGACCAGGAGGAUCCACUCAAACAUGCAGGAGUAUACACUGCAGAAGAAGUGGCUUUGAUCAUGAGAGACAAGCUGAUUCGUCUGCAAUCUUUAUACAUUGACCAGUUCAAGAGACUUCAACAUGUUAUGAAGGAGAAACGUAGAAAAUACCUACAAACCAGUAAACAAGAGAGAGAGGCACUAGGAAGCAUUAAGUAUUAUAAAAACAAGGUGCCAUCCCGUGACAAGUACUGUCAACUGAAGGUGCUGAAGCGAUAUCACAAGAGACAUGGAAAGGAGGCCCUCUUACACAGACAGUCCAAACAGAGAAGAAUCGCUGUCUCCGAGGGAUACAACUACAGAGCACCUGCCUAUCCACGAUGUAUCUACAUCGGCGACAACUCUGUCAAGUGUUCAGACAGAGCUAUUCCACUGUCCAAAUUCUGCAAAAAACACAUUGGGGAAGACCAGUACCAGGUCUUGUUCCGCCCCUGUCAGUUCGGGGGAGGGGCUUGUGGAAAACAAGUCUUCUGUCUGGAUGAAUGCUGUACCUGUCCAACCCACCUGCCAUUGAAAAAUCCAGAGACCAGAGUUUCUCUAAAGAUUGAGGAGAAUGCAGAUCCUUUAGAUAUGAAGUCUACUGAGUUGACAAAGGAAGCCUUAGACCUGCUGCUUCCUCAGUUGGAUUUCUCUGCACAAGAAAUCAUGAGCCGACAACUGCUCUCAGGAAACCCAGAAAUGCCAGACUCGAUAUUUUCAAUGACAGAGACAGACAAUCACGAGUCUACAGCUGAGCACUCAAAGAAAUCAAUGGACCAGAAUGAAAUGAAAUAUCUUGGGGAAGACAAAGGCGAGAAUGUUGCCAACAGUGCAGAGAGUGGAUCAAAUGUGGGUCAAAAAUUCGACCCUCUCUUACUCCAGCAUUUACAUGGGAGUUUUGAGUAUUCACACAGCAGAAGUAGCAGUAAAAAUUCGGAGGCUGCCGCCUCACAGAGCUCAGCUUCCACGGAGACUGCCUCAGAGUCCGCCAGGGAGAGGAAGGACUCUGACAUCACUGAUGAGGAAGACGCUAAACUCGCAGAAGGAGCUGAUGUUUGUUAAUUUUUUUUUUUCAUCAUCAAAAUUCACUUGCAUGUGCAUCAUCAAAUAAAUUUUUUACAAAUUG